AUGGCCGUUGCUGGCGUGUGCGCAACGCCAUCAAAUCGGAAUGGACGUCAGCUUGCACGAGGGUCGCAGUCAUUGCCACGAACUACAGGAUCUGGACCUAAUGCCGUCCUAACUGCAGACCUGAGCGCUUCACACGGUCGUAUUCAGUCAGCAACCACAGAGGACACGAUUAUGGCGGAAGCUGAUGGAGUCUAUGGCACAUGUCUGGUACCGACUAAUACCACUGUAUCCGAUUGUCAAGCGGUCUUGGGCGAUAUUGCGGCCUUUGGGGAUAUGGAAGGCAGCAACGGAACAAUUUCUGUUGCACCGGGCUUCUGUCUGAACUGGUGGGAAGGCACCUGCCAAGGACGGGUGUGUGGUAGAAACUCAGGGCUCUCAGCAAGCUCUGACUGGAUCGUGGAAACCAUGGAAAGCUCAAUAUUGGACACAUGCAUCACAAAGGGACAAACUGGUGUCGUUGCGGAUUGUUCUGACUGGACUGCCACUUGUGUCCGACUCACGUGCGCCGCAACAACAGACGCCAUCAUGCGUCUUUUGGAAUUACUGAGUAACAGUUCUCCACUAGACUAG